AGCCCCGCCUUUUUGGUUCUGCUCUCUCUUCUUCCCCAUGUGAGUGAGACUCGCCUUUUUCUGCUGCAAAUCAGGGACCAUUUUCUCUCUCCUCUCUUACCCUGAUUGUGAUUCACUGUGCUCUCUUAUAAGGCCCCAGUCCCCAGUCACCAAAUGAUACUGUCAGUCUAGAGCCCUCUCUCUCCCUCUCCCUCUCCCUCUCCCUCUCUGUCUUUCAGUCUUCUUUUCUUCGAUUCUUUUCUUGAGCUCCCUAGAUUUGGACUGAGAGGGAGAGAAUGUUUGUCAGAGCGAUCAAAUUCCUUGUUAAUGGGUUUUCUUUACUUUUUUUAGGGUGGUGAGAAAUUCUUUGUGAAGAUGCAUAACUUUUUGGUUACAAGAUUUAGUCUGUUUCUUCUUCAUCUUCUUGUUUUUGUUAUUGUUUCUUCGUUCUUUUGCCCUGUUUCAUCUCUGCCUCAAAAUGAUGGGCUAAAUAGAGAUCGUCUCAAGUUUAUUUUAGGAGAGAAUUUGGGGCCAUGGAAAAAUGGAAUGUCACAGGCUGCUGCGGAAGCUCCAGGGCCUUCUGAUGAUAAUAAACUUUUAUUAGCGGCCAAGAGGACUAAUCGGCCGGACAUUCUUCGAGGAUUUAAGCGUUAUAGAGAUGGUUGGAAUAUCACUAAUCGCCAUUACUGGGCUUCUGUUGGUUUCACAGGUGCUGCUGGUUUCAUUUUGGCGGUCUUGUGGUUUUUCUCAUUCGGAUUGACCCUUUCCAUACGAUACUGCUGCCGGUGGAGAGUGACAAUUAAAGGCAAAGGAUCAGAAAGAUCUCAAAAGAUUUGUCUCAUAUUGCUUAUAGUGUUCACUUGUGCUGCAGGAGUUGGAUGCAUUCUGUUAUCUGUUGGUCAAGAUGAAUUUCAUGAUGAAGCUUUGCAUACCCUGAAAUAUGUUGUAAACCAGUCAGACUACACUGUACAAACCUUGAGAAAUGUGACAAAGUAUCUGUCCCUUGCAAAGACAACAAAUGUAGCCCAAGUAUUUCUUCCUUCUAAUGUCCUGGAUGAUAUUGACAAAUUGAAUGUAGAUCUAAAUUCUGCAGCUGAUAUAUUGAAAGAGAAGACAAGUGAAAAUGCUGGAAAAAUAAAAAAUGUGUUCAAUGCUGUGCGAUCAGCGUUGAUCAGUGUGGCAGCAGUGAUGCUAAUCCUGGCUCUGCUUGGUUUUUUCCUGUCAAUCCUUGGGCACCGACAUACUAUUCUUAUAUUUGUUGUGAGUGGAUGGUUACUAGUGGCAAUUACAUUCGUUCUUUGUGGAGUCUUUAUAAUUCUUAACAAUGCAAUUUCUGAUACCUGCGUGGCCAUGGAAGAAUGGGUAGAGCAUCCUCAUGCAGUGACUGCUCUUAGCAGCAUCCUUCCUUGUGUUGAUCAAAGUACAACAAACAAGACACUCAUCCAAAGCAAAGAAGUGAUCAAUGAUAUUGUAAAUGUUGUCAAUACUUACAUAUACACCUUUGCAAAUGCAAAUCCAUCCCCGAGUGAAAAAUACAAUUAUUACAAUCAGUCUGGACCUCUGAUGCCCCCACUUUGUUACCCAUUUGAUUCGAAGCUUCAAGAUCGUCAGUGUGCCUCCCAAGAGGUGUCUUUGACAAAUGCAUCUGAGGUUUGGCGAAGCUACAUUUGCAAGGUUUCACCGUUGGGGCUAUGCACAACUGUUGGUAGAGUGACACCUGACGUCUACGAGCAGCUAGUGGCUGCAGUUAUGGAAAGCUAUGCAUUGGAGCACUAUACUCCUGUUCUGCUCAGCCUCCAAGAUUGCAAAUUUGUGAGAGACACAUUCCAAGAAAUUACCUCAAACUAUUGUCCUCCAUUGGAACACUAUCUGCAUAUUGUAAAUGUCGGACUUGGCCUAGUCUCAGUUGGAAUUUUACUCUGCCUUAUCCUCUGGAUACUCUAUGCAAACCGCCCCCAAAGGGAGGAAGUGUUUGUGAAACUACCCCUGCCAAUGAAAGCCAGCAUUAUGUGCACCAAGACCAAGACCAGUUCUAGACACAACAGCGACAUCGAUGCAUCGAUGUCGAAUACAAAUGUAGUAUAGAGAAUUAGAAAAUGAAAAUUAUAGUCAUAAAAGUUACAGUUGUGAGAGUUUUGUUGUAUCCCUUCGAAGGGAAGGUACCAAGAUGGAGCAAAGUUCCAUUUUUUGAGUAAUAGGAGUAUAGCAAUAUGUAGUAUAUAUUGUUGUUACUGUUGUAUAGGGCAAGUAAAACUUGCCUUUGUUAAUGCUUUUAGCUUGGGCGGUUUGUGAAUACCAGUUGGAAAUGAAAUGAAAGAAAAUUACUACCAA